AUGUCACUUUCGGAGACAAAACUCUCUCGCGACAACACCGACGACGGGAAAGACGACGCGGGACGCCUUCAACAGUACAAGAAUCUCACUAAGCAUGAGGAACUCCGUCGUCGCCGAACCGAAUGCAGUGUGGAGAUUCGUAAACAAAAAGGGGCGGAUCUGAUGAUGAAACGUCGUAAUAUCAUUGAUAACGAAGAUGAUGAUUUGAAUGAAUGCGAAUCAGAGAAUGAGGAUAAAGAUAAGCUGAGCAAUGGCAAUCAAAUGAGCAAUACGAAUCGAUUGUCAAACGAUGAAAUCAAGCAAAUUCUGUCGUCGAAUCCAUCUGAAGACGAUAUGAUUCGAUGCUUCGAAUCACUCAGAAAAUCUCUCUCGAAAACCAAAAAUCCACCAAUCGAUGACGUCAUUCAGUCGGGUCUUAUCAAUGCUCUCGUUCAGGCACUUCGUGUUCAGAACGAUCGUGUGCAAUACGAAGCGGCGUGGGCGCUGACCAACAUAGUCUCUGGAAGCACUUCGCAAACGAUGUCAGCAGUGGAGGCAGGUGCAUGUGCUCCUUUGAUUGAAUUAUCGUGUCAUUCGGAUGGACAAAUCGCCGAACAAGCACUAUGGGCAGUUGCCAAUAUUGCCGGUGAUUCUGCGCAAUUACGUGAUUACGUGAUUGAAUGUCAUGGUGUUGAGGCACUGAUGCAUAUCAUGUCCCGAAUCGAUCAAUUCACCACUUCACACGUUCGUACCAUUGCGUGGGCGUUCUCCAACAUGUGUCGACACAAGAAUCCACACGCACCGCUUCCAGUGCUGAAGGUUCUCGCGAAGGGACUCGCUGUCCUGGUCAAGCACUCGGACCGUCAAGUUCGUCAGGACGCGUGCUGGGCGGUGUCCUAUUUGACCGAUGGACCAGACGAGCAGAUUGAAUUGGCCAGGGAGAGUGGAGUAUUGUCGACGAUUGUGUCGUAUUUGGAUGAAUCGGAAAAUCUGAUUGCACCAGCAUUGCGAACACUUGGCAACGUGGCAACUGGAAAUGAUUCAUUGACUCAGUCAGUUAUCGAUUUGGGUGUCUUGGAUCGAAUGGUCCAAUUGAUGGAGAAGACGAGAUCGACGAGUAUUAUGAAGGAGUGCUGUUGGUUGAUCUCCAAUAUCAUUGCUGGCACUCAGAAACAGAUUCAGAACUACGACAUUUUUGAAAUGCGACGUUUUAGAACCACGAUGUUUCAGACCUUUUCUGCAUUUUUGUAUAGUGAUUUUUGCACACCAAAUGAGCAUUGCUCAUUUCAAUUUUGUGUUUUUCUCAGGGCUGUCCAAAACGGCGGCCGGGCCUCGGCCGGCCUCGAAAAAGCCUCGGCCGAAGAAAAAAGGCCUCGGCGCGCUCCAUUGAGAAAAAGCCUCGCGAGGCCUCGGCCGGCCGAGGCCGGCCUCGCAAAUGUGACUACGGUCAGCAAGUCGCAUAUUUUACGACAAGUUGCGUUUUUUUUUAAUUUUUUGUUUUUUCUCGCUCUUUUUCAGCAAAUCACGCAUUUUUCGAGAGUUUUCUCGAUUUUUCCAUCGAUCUGUGGCGACAUGAACAUUUCGAACGCCAGUGAUGACACAAUUCAGAUGCCUCAAUGGUUCAUUGAUCCCAACAAAACCGAUUGUGAAUUAGUGAUAAAGAACAAAAAGGAAGGAUUCGGCGGUUUUUAUAUUCCGAUUGAUAUCGUGAACGAUGCUCAGAAGCUUCUGGACGAUUUGGGAAAAAGUUUUGAGGAAAUGAGAUAUCAGGCGCCACCACAAAGCCAACCACCUGCACGUCAUCUCACUUUCCUUCAACGUACUCUGGGCGGAUCAAGCGCCCCAAAAAGCAGUUCGCUUCAUCAAGAACAGCAGCAAUACGAGAGAGACACCAGAAGUAUGCCUGCGUCGAAAUUUUGGCCUCUGGCAAAAAGCUCCUAUCCAAUUUUGCACGAAAUCGCCCAAAAAGUUCAUGCGAUUCAAGCUUCGGAAGCAGAUAAGCAGAAGACGUGGGGAUUCAGAUGA